AACAACUUGAAUUAACUGAAUGCUGUUUUUUUGUCAUGUCGUGAUUUUGUGAGGAUUUAAAAAAGGAUUUGUUCUUCUGGUUGGUGAAAAGUUAACCCAUAAGAAAAAAUGUCAACUGACAAAGACGAAAACCAUCAGAGGUUAAAGGCAGCAGUGCAUUAUACCGUGGGUCGCCUGUGUCAGAAAAUCGGAGAGGAGCACCGGAGAGAGUUCAGUCGACAGGCCAUAGCUGCAAUAGCUGAAACAACAUUCAGACAAUGUGAUACAUUUGCUAAAGACUUGGAGGCAUUUGCAAGGCAUGGUAAAAGAAGCACAGUGUCUGCUGAAGAUGUAAAGCUUGCAGCCCGUCGCAGUACUGCAUUGUCCAUCUACAUACAAAAGAAGAGUGAAGAAUUCAACCAGGAGCAGAGGGAUUUGAAAAAGAAUACUGGGAAGAGGAAGAGCAGAGACACUGAGGAGGAGAGCAGAGAAUAAGGACAAGACACAGGAGGGCCUGUAG